GGCGGAGCUUGAAGGGGCAGCAAUGGCGGCGGCGAAGAGGCAGCGUGGGCCCGGCAAGAGAGCCCUGGGGGGCCCGAAGAGAAAACGCGCGAAGAAAAGUUCGGGGGAAAAGGAGGAGAAGGAAGACUCGGUUCCUGCGAGCCAAGAUGAGUAUCAUGUACCACCCCCCGUGUCGCAGGGGAAAUGGAAAAACAAAGAGCGAGUACUCAUUUUUUCUUCCAGGGGAAUAAAUUUUAGGACAAGACAUCUGAUGAAAGACUUGCGAACAUUAAUGCCCCAUUCUAAAGCAGACACCAAAAUGGACAGAAAGGAUAAGCUGUUUGUCGUUAAUGAGGUCUGUGAAAUGAAAAACACCAAUAAAUGUAUAUUUUUUGAAGCAAAGAAGAAGCAGGAUCUGUACAUGUGGCUUUCAAAUGUACCCAAUGGGCCAUCAGCCAAGUUUUUAGUACAGAAUAUUCACACACUGGCUGAGCUGAAGAUGACUGGAAAUUGUUUGAAAGGGUCGAGACCACUGCUGUCUUUUGACUCUGCUUUUGACCAGGGGCCACAUUAUGCUUUGCUGAAGGAGCUGUUUAUUCAGAUUUUUAGUACUCCACGGUAUCAUCCUAAAAGCCAGCCUUUUGUAGAUCAUGUCUUCACAUUCUCCAUAACAGACCACAGGAUUUGGUUUCGAAACUACCAGAUCAUAGAAGAAGAUGCAGCCCUUGUAGAAAUUGGGCCCCGCUUUGUUUUAAACCUUAUCAAGAUAUUCCAGGGCAGCUUUGGAGGACAAACGCUGUAUCAAAAUCCUCAUUACCAAUCUCCAAAUAUGCAUCGGCGGGCAAUACGGUUGGCCACUGCUGCUAAAUUCAGAGAAAAGCAGCAAAUGAAAGAGCUACAGAAACUGAAGAAAAAGGAAGAGAGGCCACUUAUUCCUGAAGAUCCCACAGAGCAAGUUUUUGCAACACCAGCUGAAGAAAAGCCAGUGGAGGUACAACUGGUGAAACCGGAGCCAAAAAUUAAUUUGAAAAAGAAAAAUAAACCACACCAGCGUGAAAGGAAGCUGAAGAAAAAGCUUGGUGGAAUUAGAGCAUAGACUAUUGAAAGGGGGCUGAAAUUCCAACCAUGACUUGACAAUGUGGAUGUUUAAUGGGUUUUUACUCUACCUUUUUUGAUAAACUAAUUUGUGCAUAGUUUUUAAACUGUUACAUGUUGUCAGCUGAUUUUGUAAUAUUUGCCAAAUAUUUCCAGUAGUACCCUUCAGUAAAUUUAUUAACAUGG